UAGCAAACAAAACCAAUAAUCCACGUCUGAUUAUACCAGAAAAGGGAACAGAGGAGAUGAAAUGAGCGAAUUUAUGCCCGGAUGACCACACUGAGCAGUCCAUUGCGCUCCAUCGCCGCCCAAAACUCACCGUUGCCGGAGGUCUCGUUGGUCUCAGUCAGCCUCUAGUAUCUGUUCGCUGUCAAGUCCGAUCCGAUCGGCGACCGGUUCACUAUCCAUGACGGACUCCAAUUCCAUUCCCAGGUCCAGUAUCGUAUUAUUCCUUCUUCGCCCCUCUUCGCCAUCUUUCCCUUUGAAUUUUAAUCGAACCUCGGUGGAUUUUUUUUUUAUACUAAUGGCAGCUCUGCUCAUCCGGCUUAUACGGAGAUCGUCGUCGUUCGUCACGGGCGAAACGGAGUGGAAUGCUGAUAGAAGGAUUCAGGGACAUGUCGACAUUGACCUGAAUGAAGUUGGGAGACAACAACAAGCGGCUUUGGUGGCUGAUCGACUAUCCAAAGAGCCUGAGAUUUCUGCUGUAUAUUCUUCCGACUUGAAACGAGCCUUUGACACGGCACAAGCAAUUGCUGAUAGAUGUGGUGGUAUUGAGUUAUGAGCGCUGCUGCAGGUUUCUGCAACUUGUGCUUCUUAGGCAACAAUCAGAAGGAUCUAUAAUACUUGGUUUGCUUUUUUUUUACUAGUAACAUUGAUCUGAGCUGAAAAAAUUAUCUCUACUCCUUUUUCAUUGUCCGCGCUUGAUAUCAAGUUUUGUCAUAGUAGUAACUUUCAACAUUCUGUUAUGUGUGAUUCUGUGUUGGUUUCUAUACAUUUUUUCAUCUGGUACAAUAGUUUUUUUCUGAUUCCCUAAAGCUUCCAGGUCAUCAAGGAACCAGGGCUACGGGAAAGACAUUUAGGGGAUCUUCAAGAACUUUCGUUAAGUGAAGCUGCCAAAGUUUCUCCAGAAGCAUAUGAGGCAUUUUUAUCCCACAAAACCAGCCAAGAAAUCCCUGUAUGCUGUAUUUCCAUUACUAUUUUAAUUUUUUUUUUAUUCAUUUGCUGGACAGUUGUAAAUUGCAAUGUCCUGUAGGCUGAAUCUGCCUAAGUUCUCAGUUUUAUGGUUCAAGUUUGAAACUAUCACAUUGGCUUGUCUAGUUAGGUUAAUUGCAUAGAAUUCUGAACUAGUCCUAAGGCUGCCUGUCUUGUAGUGUGAAUUACGACAGUUUGGCUAGUAGAAUUUCUUUGUGUUAACAGUAACACAUAAUCCUGUGAUUAUAAGACAAGUAGAAUCUUGGAGUUGACUAGUAUAUAAAGCAUGCGAGACACAGUUUUAAUAAAUUAUAUCUGUGCUAAUAAUCUGCAGUGAUGCUGUUUCCUGCAUGCACAGGGUGGUGGUGAGAGUCUUGAUAAAUUAUAUGAGCGUUCCACAUGUUCUUUUCAAAGAAUUGCAGCGAAACAUCGAGGUAAACUGUCUAUCAUUACUUCCUCAGUUCCUGAUGUAUCAGUUGACACUUACAUUUUUAGCACAAAGACCUACAAAACCCAACAUAGAGAGCUCGAGCUGAGUACCUGCAUACUAUUACAUUUGUGGAUACUAGUCAUGUGGCCUACAAGAAGUAACACAGAGAAUUAGUACUUUUGAGUAGUCUAUUCUUCCCUGUUAAUCUCCUAGCUCUCGGAGGAAACCUGUACCAUCUACUCUAAUGAUCUUAUCCAGCUAUCGCUUUAAUGUUGCUAACUUGCAGGUGAGCGAGUGGUCGUGGUGAGUCACGGAGGCACCAUCAGAUCACUACACAAGCGAGCUUGCCCUAAUGGGAGGCCUGCAAAGAUACCGAAUACUUCUGUGCACAUCUCUCGCAUAUCCGAUGGAGACGAGUGGACCAUAGAAUCUUGGGGUGAUGUUAGCCAUCUCAACCAAACGGGAUUCCUGGAGUCCGGUUUUGGUGGUGACAGAACCUCUGGUUAGCUGCACUUAGAACCAACCCCUCCUCCUACCAAGGAAGUAAACUCGUCACAACGGACAGCAACCCUCUGAUGUGAUGGAAGUGAUUUUACACUUGUACCGAUAUCUAUUGUUGUUUGAUGGAUCAUAGCUGGCUGAUAUCUUGUAGUGGUAUCUGCAACUGCAAGUCAUCGACUUUAUAAGCUGUAUUUACUAUUUAGCAUCUCCAAACUUUUCAGUUUCGAGACUCCAUUGGACGGGAAGUUGACACUUCGAAGCAAUGGCAGUAGCUGGAGGAGGAAGCGUGGCCCAGCACCAACUACUAGAUAAGGUGAAGGGUAAUUAUGUAUUUUUAUCCUAGAAUACAUCGAGUUUGUAUAUGUGAAUGGAAGAAUAUGUGUAUUGUCGUAGUAGUGUUUUAGCUUGGAGGGAUUAUAAUGGCGGGUCUGCAAAAAUUGCAGGCAUUGUUGAUUUUUUUUCCAAGUAACUCCAAAGAUUUCUGGAAUUCAUGAUAUCACAUGUAGUUUGGAAUUGCAUGGUGGGCCGAAAUGUAUGGUAAAUUCAUACCAACAAUGAAACGUCAGAAACCAU